AUGGCGAGGCCAAGGUGUUACUUGGACAUCAGCAUUGGUGGGGAGCUCGAGGGGAGGAUGGUGGUGGAGCUCUACAAUGACGUCGUCCCCAAGACAGCCGAGAACUUCAGGGCCCUCUGUACCGGGGAGAAGGGCAUAGGCCCCAACACCGGCGUCCCCCUCCACUACAAGGGGGUGCGUUUUCAUCGGGUUAUCAAAGGAUUCAUUGUCCAAGGUGGAGAUAUUUCUGCUGGAAAUGGAAAUGGUGGAGAAUCGAUUUAUGGUUUGAAAUUUGAGGAUGAGAACUUUGAGUUGAAGCAUGAAAGGAAAGGGAUGUUGUCAAUGGCUAACUCUGGCCCAGACACAAAUGGUUCACAGUUCUUCAUCACGGCAACUCGCACAUCUCAUUUGGACGGAAAGCAUGUUGUGUUUGGAAGGGUUAUUAAGGGAUUGGGAGUGGUCCGUUCCAUCGAGCAGGUGACUACUGACGAUGAUGACAGCCCUGUUCCUGAUGUGAUGAUCGCUGAUUGCGGAGAAAUUCCUCAUGGACAGGACUACGGAAUUACUAACUUCUUCAAGGAUGGUGACACAUAUCCUGAUUGGCCAAUUGACCUAGAUGAGAGUCCCAGCGAGUUGUCCUGGUGGAUGACUUCUGUGGAUUCUGUGAAGGGAUUUGGAAAUGAAAAUUAUAAGAAGCAAGAGUACAAGAUGGCUCUUCGAAAGUAUAAGAAGGCAUUACGCUAUUUGGAUAUAUGCUGGGAGAAGGAUGGUAUUGAUGAAGUUAAGUAUGCUGCUUUGAGAAAGACUAAGUCACAGAUAUUCACGAACAUUGCUGCUUGCAAACUAAAAUUGGGGGACUACAAAGGAGCACUUUUGGAAACUGGUUUUGUUAUUUGUGGCGGAGAUAACAUUGCGAAGGCUCUGUUUCGUCAAGGCCAGGCAUACAUGGCACUCAAUGACAUUGAUUCUGCAAUUGAGUCAUUCUCUAAGGCAUUGGUACUGGAGCCGAAUGAUGGUGGAAUCAAGAAAGAGCUUGCUGCUGCUAAGAAGAAGGUUUUUGAGAGAUCUGAAAACGAGAAGAGGGCAUACCGAAAAUUGUUCCAGUAA